AUGGCUUUGGUGUCAUGGAAUGCAACUAUUAUCAUUCGGCACAUCAUCAAACUGCAGAAGGAAAUGACUCGUGAGAAAAGUAUCGGUUUGGCAUAUAUAUACUGCGACUAUAUGGCCGAAGACCAGUCAGCCCUUGAUUACGUUGGGGCACUCCUCCGUCAACUUGUCAAUCUAUCCGAAGAAGUCUCACCUGAGGUCGUCACUCUGUACAAAGAUCACCAACCGGGCUCCUCGCCUCCAAGCACUCUCCUCGAAGGAUACGGAUUGGCAUUGGAAACCGAAAUACGUCGGUUCGAGUCGGUCUACAUCGUCGUGGAUGCACUCGAUGAAUGUAGAGAUGACGACGAAGGAGAAUUUCAGCCAUGUACAAGAGCAAGAGUAUUACAGACUCUUGGAAGUCUCGGGGACAAGAUUCACGUUCUAUUUACAUCCAGAGAUGAGCGUCCUGCAGUCAGCCUACCGGAUCCUACCAUGCCAAUUGCCAUUAUGAAGGUUUUGGCUACGGAAAACGACAUUCGCACCUAUGUUCAGGCGCGUAUUGAAGGCAGCCAGUCGCUCAAGCACAAUACAGAUAGCGGACUAAGAGAAGAUAUCAAGAAAACCGUGGCGAAAAAGGCUGCUGGGAUGUUUCUGCCAGCAAAACUAUACAUGCAAAUUUUGGUCAACACAGCUAACGGCCAUUCGAGGAAGAGCGCUAUCAAGAAGGCAUUGAGGACUCUACCACAGUUCGACCACACCCAAAUCUUGGAGAGCUAUCAGAAGGCGUACCGGGCUAUCCUCAAAAACAUCUGGUUCCAAGGCCCUUUUAAAGUCAACCUGGCCCGCAGAGUGUUGUCUUGGGUCAUAUUUACCCGAGAACCUUCGGGUCUCACUCUUCCCGUCCUUCAACAAGCAUUAUUACUGGAAGACGCAGAGAGCCCCGUGGGCCAGAAUGAAACUGCCUUGAGCGGCUGGGACUAUGAUAUUAAUGACAGGGAUGAAGAUGAACAGGACGAAGCUUCUAUAUCGGAUGAUCCCAGUAAUUCCUCGGCGUCUACUCAUGGAGAUGUGAUCCUGGAGGAGACCAUUCUCUCAGUUUGUCGAGGGCUGAUCACGAUAGACCAGGUCAGCAAGCAUAUCCGGUUCGUUCACUACACGGCUCAAACAUACUUUUCCAACGAGAAUGUUCGCGCGGAAUCAUUCCCUCAUGCUCAAAGCCAACUCACAGAAUCGUGCAUUGCCUCUCUUCUUUCCAAGGAAGUCGACCAUCCAUUUUCCCGGUACUCAUGCAGGCAUUGGGGACACCAUGCUCAGAUGGUUGAGGAGCAGUUUCAAGACAAGAUCUUGGACCUUUUUCGGAACCGGGAGAAAAUGUUGAGUUCCUUUCAGCUCGUUGUUGAUUCCCUGUCUCCUGCUUGGACAACAGAACCACACGAGCCGAACAACAACUCCCUUCCACCUCUUUACGUGGCUGCAUAUUUUGGCUUGAAACUGACAGCUACACAUCUAAUGUCUGAAUAUGGCACUUUGGAUAUCCUGCGGAAGGAUUGUCGAGGCUGGAAUGCAAUGAUGUGGGCAGUCGUCGGCGGUUCGCUAAACCUGGUACGACUACUGUUUCGACGGGAGAAGGACCUUCUAUCCAACGACAUUAUUUUCUCGGCUGCCGGCUCUCGGGUUGACGAGAUACAGAUCUCGAAGGUCUAUAUUCCACAUGGGAAGAUUUCUCUUGCUGCAGCCUUGGUCCCAAAAGCUGGGCUAUCCUUCACCAAGGCGUUGCCAAAAGCUAUCAGACCCAACACCAGUGACGAUGUCAUCAGAUUUCUGUUGGACAACAUUGAGACUGAGCGCAUUGAUUUGAAAAGAGAAAGCGACGGGCGUACACUUCUGUCUGUUCUUGCCGGAAACUGGCAGUGGGAUUACGUUCAGAUUCUCCUCGAAAGAGGAGCAAGCGUCGACCUGAAGGACACAAACGAGAGAACACCAUUACUGUGGGCACUCCAAUGCCCCAGAUGCAAGAUUAAAAUCGAUUCGAUCAUCGUCUCUGAAGAAUCCUCCUUAAGCAUUGGCGAGAUACAGUGCCUUGAGUUUCCUACUACUGUCAGCAUCAAGGACUACCGAGUUUCCGAGAUGACAGUCGAGCCUUUUAUCUGCAAACUGAUUGGGAACGACCUGGAGUCUACGAAUGACGACGGAAGAACCGCGCUUUCACUCGCGUGCGAGUCCAGAUUCCAUACCGUUGUGGACAAGCUUUUAAGCAAAGGAGCGCGCUCGAACACAAAGGACACCCUUGGGAUGACGCCGCUGCAUUAUGCAUGCAGUUUGCCUUGCUUCAGAACGGUUGUGAUUGAGUAUCUGUUCUGCGUAGGAGAGUCAAAAACACGCUUGGGGACGGCUGAAUUACCGAAGCUACAUCUUCGAAAGAAAGACAACACAGCCAAGUCGCUAGGGAGGACCGUGGACUUGCUUCUCCAGGUGGGAGCGGAAACUGGUGCUCGAAACUACCUCGGCGAGACGCCGGCGUCGCUCGCCGAAUCAGAUGGGCUGGUGAGCUGUCAAAGGCUGCUUGACCCUCUCAAGUUUAGUUCUGAUAAGCAGUCCGGCACAAAAUCAGGCUUCUGGCAGGAGGAAGAGGAUUGUGCCAAACUGUUGGUGGCAUUGUUGGAUUACCGAAGCCGAUUCCAAGUGCGUACAUUGAGGGUCAUAGAUCACUCGAGACUGAUUUCACAUUCAUCGUUGACCGCUGAAGUUCUUUUGAUUCAGCAUGGGUCAUCAGUGAUCCUCUCAAACAAAGCAAAAAUCGACAAGCUCACUGUUUGUGACGAUUCAACCACUGAGAUCCGGACAGUGUCGGUCAUCGGGGAUCUCAAAACACACCACAUUUCUCGAACAGUCAUCUACGGACCAUCAAGUAUCCAGAGCCUAUCUGGCUCAGAAUUUUCAACGUUGGUCAUCAAGGGCCAGGUUGAGAUCAAGGACAUGACCCUAUCUGAGCGCUGCGCUGCCUAUGUCAGUGGUAACACAAAGGUCAACAAGAUCGAUGGGCUUGACAAAUCUAGCUUCACCAUCACAGAAGAAACACGAGUUGAGCAGAUUCGCCUUGAUAAUCAUUGCACCAUGUUUUCCAUUGGGGAAUCCCGCGUCAAUAUGGUUCAGGGGUUUGGGUCAUCAAGAAUUGUGUUGAUGGGAUCGUCUUUUGCUGCUCGCAUUUCGGUUUUUGACGCGUGUGUAGUCAUUUGUGGAGGUCAUGCUCACGUAGAGCGUAUGAGUUGUACGGGCCAGUCUUUCGUCUCGUUGAAGGAAAACAUUGAGAUCCGUCGCAUGGACAGGGAGGGUGGCGCCAGCAUCCUCGCCGAGGAUCGUGUUACAGUGAGACUAGCUUUCAGGAGAGAUGGCUCAAGUCUAAGCUUUCAUGCUGAUACUGAGACUGGAGACGCUGAAGCAUUAGCAAAAGGUCUUGCAGACUUACGGAGUCUCUCGGGAGUUGUUACGACGAGUAGUUUGGGUCACUUGGUCGUCAUCUUCGAUGAGGGGGAUAUCAUUGUGAAAAUCCGCCAAAUAGCCCAAGAUGGCCCUCCCCACAUUCUCACGGACUUAGACAGUUCGUCGACGGUGGAUGAAAAGGAAUCAAGGUCUUUCAAGGACCGAGUCAACAGGUUGAUCGAAGUUGACAAACAGCGAUGGUGCCUAGUGCAGAACAAGUUGGUUAAACACAAAGAGCGCCAGAAGGAAGCUGAAGAUUCCCAAGGCAGGGAAGAGGAGUGGAACUUGGAGACUAAAGGGGAAGAGUCCAAAGCAGCAUCCUGGAAUUGGGGGCACCUCAGCGGCACUGGGGCAAAAAGGGCAGUUGGCCUAAGCCCCAUAACGCCGAUGGACGGAUAUACGGCGUUAUUGGCUACCAGUUGUGAUGGGUGCUUGGACUAUUUGCACUUUUGCCAGAGCGGUACUAGUGUGCGACAACAGUACUUGAAUGAGACAGUUUGA